UGUGCCUGGGGAGAAAAACACACCAGGCAAGCAGCAACCCUGAACAUCAGGAAUCACGGAGGCUGGCAACUGGCUGGUAUCAGCUCUGCAGAUUGCAGAACAGAGAAGAUGGCCUUCAUUGCAGUUCUGGGACUCUUGAUGGCUGGGAUUUGCCCUGCUGUCCUCUGCUUACCAAAAGGCACAUUGGGAAGAGACACUGCAGUCCAAGAAGACCAAGACAAUGGGACACAACUGGACAGUUUAACAUUGGCCUCCAUCAACACUGACUUUGCCUUCAGCCUCUACAAGGAGCUGGCUUUGAAGAAUCCACAUAAAAAUAUUGUCUUCUCACCAGUUAGCAUCUCAGCUGCCUUGGCCAUUGUUUCCCUGGGAGCAAAGGGCAACACCACGGAAGAGAUCCUAGAAGGUCUCAAGUUCAAUCUCACAGAGACCUCUGAGGCAGACAUCCACUCGGGCUUUGGACAUCUCCUACAGAGGAUCAACCAGCCAAGGGACCAGAUGCAGAUCAGUAUAGGCAGUGCCCUGUUUAUAGAAAAACACCUGCAGAUCCUAGAAGAAUUCGAGGACAAGGCAAGGGCUCUGUACCAGGCUGAGGCCUUCCCUGUAGACUUCCAGCAGCUUCAUGAGGCCAAAGAGUUCAUCAAUAACUUUGUGAGGAAAUACACCGAGGGGAAGAUCCAGGAACUGAUCCCAGACCUGGAUGAGAGGACAUCCAUGGUGCUGGUGAAUUACAUCUACUUUAAAGGCAAAUGGAAGGUGCCCUUUGACCCUCGUGACACAUUCAAGUCUGAGUUCUAUCCGGGCAAAAGAAGGCCUGUGAAGGUGCCCAUGAUGAGCAUUGAGGACCUGACCACACCCUACUUCCGGGAUGAGAAGCUGUCCUGCACCAUGGUGGAGCUGAAGUACACAGGAAAUGCCAGUGCCCUGUUCAUCCUCCCUGACCAGGGCAGGAUGCAGCAGGUGGAAGCCAGCUUGCAACCAGAGACCCUGAGGAAGUGGAAGGACUCUCUGAGGCCCAGGGUAAUAGAUGAGCUCCACCUGCCCAAGUUCUCCAUCUCCACUGACUACAGCCUGGAGGACAUCCUCCCACAGCUGGGCAUCAGGGAAGUCUUCUCCACACAGGCUGACCUGUCUGCCAUUACAGGAGCCAAGGACCUGAGAGUCUCUCAGGUGGUCCACAAGGCUGUGCUGGACGUGGCUGAGAAAGGCACAGAAGCAGCUGCUGCCACGGGAGUCAAAUUUGUCCCACUGUCUGCAAAGCUGGACCCUUUGACUAUAUAUUUCAACCGGCCUUUCCUGGUGGCUAUCUAUGACACAGAAACUGAAAUUAUCUACUUUUUGGGCAAAAUAUCCAACCCCAAAUGAGACUAGAACUCCCCAAGUGUUGGUACUUCUUCCCAGGAGCCAGGCAUCGAGCCUGUCUGUGAAUUUUGACUUCCAAGCUCUGCAUGGCUGUGGCAUAACUGUGUGUCAACCUCAUGCUAAGAUACCUGUGGGUGGUCAGUGCCAUGCUCCCAGACUUCUUGGUCGCACUAGCUCAUGUUGCCUGAAAUUUGUCUUAUCCCCUGCCCCUUCUCUCUCCCUAUAUCAGCCUCAACCCAGAAGCCUGGGCCCUAUCGGGUAGGCUCAGUUCCAAUUUCAGCUCUGGCUAUGUCUCCCUUCAACUUUGGUGUCUUGAGGGGACUGUGCAAGUUUACAGGACAACACAUUCGAUCCAAGAGGAAAACCUGCGGCCCCGUGUCUAUUGACAGUAUCUGGGACCAUGUGGCGCCCAGUCUGCCUCACUCUUCCCCUUCUCCAGGCUCUGCCCCCGGGCUCUGCCCCUUGAAGGAUCUCCUCGCUUGUCCUCAGCUGGCACAGUCAGAGCCCUCACCUCUGCAGCUGCACGGGGCCUGUGGAUCAGACCAGCUCCUCUCCCCCCGGCACUCCUACUUAGAGCAAAAAGUAGCCUUUCUUUUAGUUCCCAGCUUACCAACCUCACACCACCAACCAGAAUAAAGAGGUUGGAGCAAAGAGUCAAUAAACACAUAACUGCAUCGAA